AUGGAAAACAAAUGGAGAAUUUUCAGAAAUCAACAACAAUACAACAAAGCAAAAAAGCCAACUACAACAAUAAUAUGCAAGAAACACUCGAAACACCAACAAUCACCAGGUGUUUGCUCAAUUUGUCUAAGCGAAAAGCUCUCUAAGCUCUCAAAAACUACACGUAUUAGCAAUUCUUCUUCUUGUUCUUCGUCGUCUUUGUCUUCGUUAUCUUCAUCUUCUGAUGUUUCGUCGUGUUCCUCUCCGGCAUAUCGAAGGAUGAAGACUAUGGCUAUCUUGAGAAGCGGUGAUAAUAGUAAGAGUAAUAUUGUGCUUACAAAGAGUAGGUCACUUGUUUUUGUUACGACGAGGAAAGAAGGUGAAAACGAGAAGAAUGGAAAGAAGAAGAAAAGAGGGUUUCUUUCUAAAUUGUUGCAUCCGAGGAAACACAAGAAGGAUCAGGGUUUGGACAAAGGCGGAUCCGAGAUAUGA